AUGGCCGAUCCUUACGGUCCCAGGCAGCGGGGUAAUUAUGUAACCAUCCAGAAUGAAGCCAACGGGCAGAGUACUUGCACCGAAUGGAGCAGCAGCCCGGGAUCGCUGACGGCUAAACCAACUCAACCAAGUGGUGUCUGUCUUGUGGACUUCAAGCACCUUGCGGACAGGGAUAGGAUGGUUUCUGGGGAGGAGAGCGACUACUAUCCCUACACCACAUUCCUUCGCAACACUGUGGUGGUGAGGAGUGGCGAGUGCUGUCCUCCCAAUAACAGCUUUGGUUAUCCCACGCAGCGUUCCAAGAGUUCCUGUACCAAAAAGGACAAAAAGAGCUCAUCAGCACAUCGCCAUUCCAAUUACCAGAACUACGAUAAUCGUUCCUUGCUGGGCCAUACCGACGAGAACUUGGCUUACCAGCCCAAGCGCAAGUCCUCGAGGCAUUCGUGCGACAAUAUCAAUGCUUCCAACAGGUCCAAAGAUUGUAGUUGCCCUCCACCGAAUCCCAAGCCGCUGCCCAGACCCAGACCCCCGAGCAACCCUUCGAAUGACUGCGGCUGCGAUCCUCCCCAGAAGCGGUCUAGAUCUCGAUCCAAGUCCCGGGAGCGGAAUGACGACGAAAAUUGUUCUUGUCCGAGGAGCGGUGGGCAGAGGGCUCUCAGGUCUUCAUCAUCUCAUUACAUGGAGUACAAGGACUUCCGGGGUACUAGCCCCGGCCCACGAAACCGCAACUACAGUAGCGAACCGGGCCGUAAACGGAGAAAGAGCCUCACUCAAAGAACGUCCCCUGAACCGGAAUCCAGGGGACGUCGUAAGCAUCGGACAGAUCCUCCGGAUCCCUCCUACUACACGAGAGCUCCCACUGCUGCCGCCCAACAGUGUUCCGUGCGGCGACAUGCCCACGCUCACGUGAGGAACAAGUGUCCUCCGGGGAGAGCUCCACCACCCCCGGUCCAAAAGGGAACAUGUCGAUCUCCGACGCCUUGUAAGCCGCCGCCUCCUCCUCUCUGCAAGAACCCUAAAUGCAAAAAUAAUCCUGCGAAGAAAACCCCCCGGGAGAAAAAGAGGAAACCGCCUUUAGACAUCUAUGCUGGCGAUAAUGGUUGCGGCCUGCCCACCGAUUAUAUCGUUCACAAUCGCUCCCAACAGGAAUGUCUCAGAAAUCCUGUGACCUGCAGCAGCGGCAACUACGUCCGCGGAGGAGUCUUGCCCCACGAGACGCAUUUCGAGGACCAGGGCCAGUGCCCGCGGAAAAGGACGAGAUCCUGUGAUCGGUGCAAUCGCUCCAUUCCCGCCUGCUCCAACGAGACCAUGAUGGAGAAACCCGUGCAGAGCUAUCGCUACAACUGCCCCGAGAACGGAAAGAGCUCCCGGAAGUGCACCAAGUGUAAGGCUCGAGUUGGUGCUGAAGGAGCUGGCAGGAAAUGUGCCUCGGCGGUGGCCAACAGGUGCUGUCCAUUGUGUGGAGUAAAUACUAUGAUGCCGAAACCCUCGAUAAGAUCCAUGGCUGAUCCCACCAACAAGAAGUCGCGGACCAUCUACAAGACGAUGAAUUCUCCGAUCUGUCGUCCUAAGAAGCCAAAAAAGAAGAAAUACAAUCUGACGAUCUGUUACACGUCCAAGAAUCGCUGCCUGGGCGGUAAGAAUAGUCACCACAUGACCUCCACGCUGAAGAAAACAGCCAAGGCGGCGCUUUCCCGGGCCCAAUUCGAACCUCUCAAAGCCAUACCUUAUAUGGAGGGUUCCAGGCUAGAGCAACAAUUCCAUCGCCCGGCGUUGAUUACCAAGGCGUAUCAUGCGUUACCCAUAAGCUCGGGCAAUUUCCUUGGCCCUUUUGGCCAAGCCCGUAACCUCGCCAUAAGUCCCAAUCCCGCAAUAUCACCAAGCCCUAACCAGAAAAAAAUCGCUACCCCAACGCCACUUGUGAAUUCGACUUUGAAUCAUCCACAGAGCAGAGCUGGUGUCGUUCCAACAAAACCUUCCAUCGGGCCAGCAACCGCAGCACCGUCAGCUUCGAAGAAACGUUCUUCGUCAGCAGCUCCACUGGCGGCAUUGUCAGUAGAUCCUUCCCCGGUUAAGACCCUUAAUCACCCACUACCCAGAUUAAGUGUUGAAGCCAAGAAGACUGAGGCACAAAAAGGUCAAGCAGAUAGACAGCCACCUAAGGGGCAAAGAUCUACGCCCGACAACGUUACCAAGUCCCCCAGAGCUUCAACAAAUCUUCGAUCUCCACUUGAAGCCGCCAAGUCUCUUAGACCUGAGCUUGAGCAGCCAGACACGUCUCUUAGAUCCCCUCUUGUGAAGACAGAAAAGUCUGAGACUCCAUCUCAUCGAAAAGAAAAGUCUCUUCGAUUUCCAUCUGAAGAGCCAGAUAACUCUGAAAAAACAGAGAUAGCUCCUCCUGAAGAGCCAGACAAGUCCCACGACCCACCAAAGUCUCGUCGAUCUUUACUUCAUGAACUAAGGUCGGAAAGCGAUGGACACAGUGGACCAAAGUCUUUUCGAUCACCUCUUAAUGUUCAUACCUCAACCUGCAUGGAAGCUCUGGAAAUUCCUCGCACGGUGCAAGCCCAGAUGAGGUUACCGGGUUAUCGGGCAGCUAGCUACUUCGGCACUGAGAUAAACCCCUUCUAUAGGAGCAGCUUUCUCAAGGUGCGCGUUUCAAAGGAGUUUCUGCAGACACGCCUGAAUCCCAUAAGCCAGAGGACGGAACAAAUCAAGGAAGAAAAAAAACCAAAGUGCCGAAGAUCAAUAUCCUUGAGCACGCCAAGCUUUUGCUCCUCCAAGAACCUAAUGCGAAUGGUGUUUGGAGAUCCCUUUGUCAGGAUGGGAGCGAAUCCCCACUACACCUUCAGCUGGAAGAAGCUCUUCUCCUUCAAACCCUCUACUCGCUACAACGUUAAAGCAAAACCACAUGGCCUAGGCCACGACUGUCAAAGCAAACCUGAAUUACAACACUUUUUUAAAAUGAACCUUUCCAAAAUCAAUAAAACUAUGGAACACUGCUGGAGCUCGAAUUGCCAUUACCAGAAUCGAUGUGAAGCUGGCCAGGAAGAUGUUGAAGACUGCCAGUCGGAGCUUCCCAAAGUCCUGUGCCACUGCCAGAAGCCAUGUGCAGCUGGCCAGGAAGAAGUUAACGACCGCCAGUCUGACAAUACUCUGGCCCAGUGCCAGUGCCAGUGCCAGUGCCGGAAGCCAAGUGAAGCUAGCCAGGAAGAUGUUGACGUGAGCCAGAGCGACGAAGACCUUACCUCCGUGUUAUCACAGCUCUGGCGGCAGCAGUCCCCUGCCCCAAAGGAACCUUCUCCCGAUAGUAAGACCCCACAGGACCCAGUACGUGAGAGGACCAAACAGAUGAAGGAACUAAAGUAUCGAAAGAAAAAGGCGAACAUGUUAAACUUCUUCUCCUCCAAGAAGGUGAUGCGGCUUGUGUUUGGGGAUCCCUUCAUCAGGAUGGCCGCCAAUCCUCACUACACCUUUAGUUGGAGGAAAAUCUUCUCCUUCCCCAGCAAAUCCAAUGGCCCGAAUCGCAAAAAGAAACCGUGCAACAAGGGCUGAUACUUCGAGGAUCGCUUGACCUGGGCCACGAUUGUCA